AUGAGCAAGUUCUUAUCAAUUAUUGAGCUUUCAAAGUAUGUCCCUAAUGGGGAUAUUUUAGGUUCUCAGGAGUUAAAGUUGAGAGAACUUGAAAUCACAGGUAUUGAAGAACUUACACAAGCAAAGAAUUUGAGGAAGAUAGAUGUUUCAAAAAAUAAUUUGGAAUCGAUUUCAUUCCUUAAAUAUUGUUGGAACUUAACGGACAUAAAUCUGAGUAACAAUAAUUUAACUUCGGUAGAUGAUAUUUGUAAACUUGAGAAUGUAAGAAUUUUAAAUAUAAGUAAUAAUGGUAUUAAGUCUAUAGAAAGUUUAUGUAAGAGUCCAGGCCUUCAGAAAUCUCUUAAAGUUUUAAUUGCUAAUCAUAAUAAAAUUAGACAUAUUCCUGACCUUAGCUGUUUCAAAGAGCUUGAAACUGUAAUUUUAUCUCAUAACGAGGCUAAUGAAAUUGAGGUUCCCAAGAAUCACUGUCAAAAGCUCAAAAAGAUGAGCCUUUCAAAUAAUUGUCUUAAACAAUUCCCAUUCAGCUUAAAUUUUAAUAUGAUUCAGGAGCUAAGACUUAAUAAUAACAAAAUUCUUUCAUUAUCCCCAGACAUAGCUUAUAUGGGUAAUAUAAAGAUUCUUGAGCUUGGCCACAAUUAUAUUACUGAAAUAGAACCUUUAUUAAGUUUAACAAAAUUAAAAUCAUUAAAUAUUUCCAAAAAUCCAUGUAUCACAACAGAUGGUACCUGUGACAAGUCAAAUUCAUUAAAUAUUCUAAAUUUGAUUAAGGAAAAGUUGACAUCUUUGGAUUCAUUGAAUGGGAGUUUUAUUGCGAAACCCAGUAAACAAAACAGAACAAAUAACAAGAAAAGCAAUAAGAAUAAAUAUAGAAAAAACCCAAAUAAAAGUAAAUCCAAUUCUUUAAACAAGACGAUUAGUAAAAAAGUCUAA